UGGUGGCGCAUUUUCCCUCAACGGGCGAUGGUGGCGGCGGUGGCUGCGGUGAAGGCGGAAGGGGGUGGAGCCUGGUCCCCUUCCCCUCUUCCUCAGCCCCCCGCGGAGCCGGGGCCUGGCCCCUCUCCUCGCGCUCAAGUCCGGCGGCACCGGACGCGAGGCAGCACUUGGGGGCUAGCCUCGUUCUGCGUGGAGCGGCCGGGCGCGCGGGUGAAGCACUGUCUUUUUUAACACAGAAAUGGAGCAGGUGGAACAAACAUCUAAACGACUUCUUUUAGAGCCUUACAAGUACUUACUUCAACUACCAGGUAAGCAAGUGAGAACCAAACUGUCACAGGCCUUUAAUCACUGGCUGAAUGUUCCAGAAGACAAAAUACAGGUUAUCAUUGAAGUGACAGAGAUGUUGCACAAUGCCAGCCUGCUUAUAGAUGAUAUUGAAGAUAACUCAAAGCUACGGCGAGGCUUUCCAGUGGCCCACAGCAUCUAUGGAGUUCCAGCUGUAAUAAAUUGUGCUAAUUAUGUAUAUUUCCUUGGCCUAGAGAAAGUUUUAACACUUGAUCAUCCAGAUGCAGUAAAAGUAUUUACCCGCCAGUUACUGGAACUUCAUCAGGGCCAAGGCUUGGAUAUUUAUUGGAGGGAUAAUUAUACCUGUCCCACAGAGGAAGAGUAUAAAGCCAUGGUACUACAAAAGACAGGUGGUCUUUUUGGACUAGCUGUGGGCCUUAUGCAGUUGUUCUCCGACUAUAACAAAGACUUAAAACCACUCCUGAAUACUCUAGGCCUCCUCUUCCAAAUAAGAGAUGACUAUGCUAAUUUACGGUCAAAAGAAUAUAGUGAAAACAAGAGUUUUUGUGAAGACUUAACUGAGGGCAAGUUCUCAUUUCCAACUAUUCAUGCUAUUUGGUCCAGGCCUGAAAGCACUCAGGUGCAGAAUAUUUUACGUCAAAGGACAGAAAACGUAGACAUUAAAACCUAUUGUGUACAAUACCUUGAGACUGUGGGUUCCUUUGAGUACACACGGAAAACUCUGAAAGAGCUUGAAGCUGAAGCGUAUAGACAAAUUGAGUUACUUGGAGGGAACCCUGAGCUUGUAGCCCUAGUUGAACACUUAAGCAAAAUGUUCAGAGAUGACAAAAAUUAACCCAUAAUUUAUUUGACUCUUGCUUUGGGGCUGAAGGGAAAUUAUUUUAAAACAGAAUUUAAAAAAAAGACAUUACUAAAAUAAUGUCAGAAUUGUGGAAAUGCUUAUUUCACAUUUAUUUAUAUUUUACUUCCUAUGAUUAUAUUGAACACAGUUCAAAGUUGCUCUGAAGGUUUUGGAAUGGAGUGCAAAUGAUCACUGUCACUUAAUUGAAACUAUUUAUGAAAUAUCUCGUACAGAACUAAAGUUGCAUAGAUCCAGUAAAACCCGAUAUUAACAAUAUUGUCUCCCCUAUACAGUCAGGGUGGUGGUGGGGGAGCAGAGGUGUUUAUUUUAGCAUUAAGUUUAAUUGACUUCUGGGAACUGUUAAAUGAAGUCUGACAAUGUGGGUUUCUGGCUAUACUGCUAUAUUAAACUGAAUCAUCUUUCUUAA